ACCAACUUUCUCGAUCUAUUGAGAUUUCAAGUUUUUAUUCCCGGUACAAACUAUAUUUGGUAGCAGAGUGUCUGGAAUCUGGAUGGACAGGCUGGAUCUUGCGGAGAGCGCGUUACCCCAUUAACUACAAGGCGAUUGUCCAAAGGCGGUGACGCCGAAUAUCAAAGGUUAUGUGGCAUCAAGCAUCAAAGAGAUUCAGUAUAUUAUUGAUUUAUAACACGCCGAUUCGACUGGGAAGACGACAAAUAUACCCGACACAUUGUUUAUCCUUCCAAGUCGGAACUGGAAACUUCUCCUGCACCCCCACUCCUGAUUGAUAUACCCUCUGUGGACGCCAACAACAUUAGGGACACCACCCACACAGAAUAUGAACUCACUAUUCAAUUCUGCUCUCAAGCAGUCAUCUGCGAUUCGUCGCGACUUAGACACGUUCGCACAAUCCCCUGCCACAACACCUGCAGCGUUACAAGGCCAAGUUGCAGCGUCCUUAGCGUCGCUAUCCCGGACAAUUGAUGACUACUCUGCUUUAUCGAAGAGGGAAUUGAUACCAGAGAAGCAGGAAAAGGCGUUCGAAAGAGUCAAGAACUUCAGGGCAGAGCUACAAGAUUAUCGACAACAUUUUGACCAACUACGGAAAGAGAGGGAGGAUGCUCAAUCUGUAACCAACCGCCAUGAGCUUCUCGGUCGUCGUCCGCAUAACACAGCUACACCUGAGAACCCUUACGCCCAACCCUCGGUGGCCCAUAAUUCACCAUUUGCGCCUUCUUCGUCGCGAUCGGGCACUGGUUUUGGAGGGUCGGACUAUACUCGGGAAACGCAUGCGCUAAGGGAGCAAUCCUUCCUGUCAAGCACAAGCUCCCAGCUUGAUGAUUACCUUGACCGGGGCCGUGCUGUGCUUGCCGACCUUGGGCAGCAGCGAGAAGUACUAAAGGGCACACAACGGCGUCUUUACAGCGUCGCAAACACCCUCGGCGUCAGCGGAGAAACAAUUCGAAAGGUUGAGCGGCGAGCGAAGCAGGAUAAAUGGAUUUUUUGGGCAGGCGUGAUACUAUUCCUCUUGUUCUGUUGGGCGGUGGUGCAUUUUCUGAGAUGAUGCCGGGUUGCUCGCUUCCUAGUCUUGCUUAAUCUCUUGUAAAUACAGCAGUUGCUGGCCUCAUAGUUUCUCUAGCGUCGGCGUUGUUUGGGCUUCUUGGAUUGCAAUAUGGAAUCUAUUAGCUAAAAAUCGAGCGGAUACGUGUCUUUGUAGUUUAUAUUUCAAUUGAUUACGCUGGCUCACAGU